UAUAUAUAGGGGCAGCCUCUUUCGGUGUAGUACGCAUCAACGCCCCCGAAACCAAAAAUUUUGUUCCUCCCUAGAUUAAGUUUCUCGCCGAGAACAAAAAACUCAUAAAUCUCUCUCCAAACAAAGAUAUAUAGAGACACUGAGGAUGGCAGGAAAUGAAUGGAUAAACAGUUACUUAGAGGCGAUCAUUGAUUCAGAGCCAGGGCUAGAGCAAGCAAGAGAAUCGCUGUUGUUGAGAGAGAGAGGAAGAUUCAGUCCUACUCGUUACUUCGUUAACAAUGUCAUUGGCUUCGACGACACUGAUCUUCAUCGAUCAUGGCUUCGUGCGCAAGCUACGAAGAUUCCGCAGGAGAGGAAUACUAGGUUGGAGAAUAUGUCAUGGCGGAUUUGGAAUUUGGCUCGUCAAAAGCGAAUGCUUGAUGAAAAGCAAACUCAAAGGCUGUCAAGACGUGAUAUGGAACGUCAAAAAGGUCUCAAAGAAGCAAUUGCUGACAUGUCUGAAGAUUUGUCAGAAGGUGAAAAAUGUGAUGCUCUCGGUGAUAUUUCUGCUCACAGUGAGAGUAUAAGAGGUCGAUUCCACAGAAUUAGCUCAGUCGAUACUUUGGAAACCUUUGCCAAUCAGCUGAAGGGGAAACAAAUGUACAUUGUUUUGAUAAGCCUUCAUGGUCUAAUACGAGGGGAAAAUAUGGAACUUGGUCGAGAUUCUGAUACAGGUGGACAGGUUAAGUAUGUUGUUGAACUGGCUAGAGCUUUAAGCUCUAUGCCUGGUGUUUAUCGGGUGGAUUUGUUGACUAGGCAGGUAUCAGCUCCGGAAGUAGAUUGGAGUUAUGCUGAACCCACAGAGAUGCUUCCUCCAAGAGACUUGGAAGGUUUCUUGAGUGAAACGGGGGAGAGUAGUGGUGCUUACAUAAUUCGAAUUCCAUUUGGUCCAAAAGAUAAAUAUAUUCCGAAAGAAAUGUUGUGGCCUCAUGUCCCUGAAUUUGUUGAUGGUGCCCUUAACUACAUAGUACAGAUGUCUAAAGUUCUUGGUGAUCAAAUUGGAGGUGGUAUCCCAGUCUGGCCUGUCGCCAUCCAUGGGCAUUAUGCAGAUGCAGGAGACUCUGCUUCCCUGCUAGCUGGUGCUCUUAAUGUUCCCAUGAUAUUUACUGGCCAUUCACUUGGGCGAGAUAAAAUGGAACAGCUUUUAAGACAAGGCCGAUUGUCUCGAGAUGAAAUAAAUUCAACCUACAAAAUAAUUCGCAGGAUAGAUGCAGAAGAGUUAGCCCUUGAUGCCUCUGAAAUAGUUAUAACCAGUACUAAACAGGAGAUCGAAGAUCAAUGGGGCUUGUAUGAUGGUUUUGAUCGAGGAUUAGAGCAUAUUCUACGAGCAAGAAUCAAAAGGAAUGUGAGCUCCUAUGGAAGGUUCAUGCCACGCAUGGUUGUGAUUCCUCCAGGGAUGGAUUUCCACCAUAUUGUUCAUGAUGGUGAUAUCGAUGGUGAAACAGAUGGCAGUGAAGAUCAUCCAGCCUUCCUAGAUCCACCUAUAUGGGCUGAGAUAAUGCGCUUCUUUACUAAUCCACGGAAGCCAAUGAUCCUAGCCCUUGCUCGACCAGAUCCAAAAAAGAAUCUGACAACAUUGGUUGAAGCAUUUGGAGAGUGUCGUCCAUUGAGAGAGCUUGCUAAUCUCACAUUAAUAAUGGGUACCCGGGAUGAUAUUGAUGAUAUGUCGAGCACAAAUGCAUCAGUUCUGCUCUCAAUACUUAAACUGAUUGAUAAGUAUGAUCUCUAUGGUCAAGUGGCAUUUCCUAAGCACCACAAGCAGGCUGAUGUACCUGACAUAUAUCAUUUAGCAGCAAAGACGAAGGGUGUAUUUAUUAAUCCUGCUUUUAUUGAGCCGUUUGGGCUUACUCUUAUUGAGGCAGCGGCUCAUGGUUUACCUACGGUGGCCACAAAAAAUGGUGGUCCAGUUGAUAUUCAAAGGGUACUUGAUAAUGGUCUUCUUGUUGAUCCUCAUGAUCAGCAAUCUAUUGCUGAUGCUCUUUUAAAUCUGGUAGCAGAGAAGCAGCUUUGGGUUAAAUGCCGACAAAAUGGGUUGAAAAAUAUUCACCUCUUCUCGUGGCCGGAACAUUGCAAAACUUAUCUGUCCCGCAUAGCAGCUUGCAAACCAAGACAGCCACAAUGGCUAAAAACUGAGGAUGAUGGUGAAAAUUCAGAAUCUGAUUCACCAAGGGAUUCUUUGAGAGAUAUACAGGAUAUAUCUUUGAAUUUAAAGUUUUCUCUGGAUGUUGAGAUGAAAGAUGACAAGAAUAAUGAUCAUUGUUCAUUGGACCCGGAAGAUAAUAUGAUUAAAUCAGAACAUGCUGUUUUAGCAUGGUGUGGCCAGAAGGGGACACGAGAACCAAAUUUUGUGGAGAAAGUGGAUCUGAAUGCAGGAUUUGGAAAAUUCCCAUCUCUAAGGAGGAGAAAGUAUAUAUAUGUAAUUGCUGUAGAUUCUGAUUCUAUUUCAGGUCUUUUCGAAAGUGUGAGAAUGAUAUUUGCUGCCGUAGAAAGGGAGCGGACUGAAGGGUCAAUAGGAUUUAUACUGGCUACAUCCUUUACCAUGGCAGAAGUACAUUCGUUUCUGAUCUCGGAAGAUGUAAGCCCUACCGAUUUUGAUGCUUUUAUCUGCAAUAGUGGUGGUGAUCUGUAUUAUUCAUCUCCUCAAUCUGAAAAGAAUCCAUUUAUUGCUGAUUUGUAUUAUCAUUCACACAUCGAGUACCGUUGGGGCGGAGAAGGGUUGAGGAAGACUUUGGUACGUUGGGCUAAUUCUAUCAUUGACAAGAACGGUGAAGAUGGAGAACACGUGAUUACCGAAGAUAAAAAUAUCUCGACGGACUAUUGUUAUGCUUUUAAAGUUAGGAUGCCUGAAGUGGUUCCUCCUGUGAGGGUGAUCCGAAGGUUGAUGAGAAUUCAGGCUCUCCGUUGUCAUAUUAUCUAUUGUCAAAAUGGAAAGAAGAUUAACGUGAUUCCAGUUCUGGCAUCUCGCGCUCAGGCACUCAGGUAUCUAUAUCUUCGAUGGGGUAUGGACUUGUCAAAGAUGGCCGUCUUUGUUGGAGACAGUGGUGAUACUGAUUAUGAGCAAUUGAUUGGUGGUAUACACAAGACUUUAGUGCUGAAGGGAGUUGGCCGUGGUACUACCAAUCAUCUGCAUGUCAACAGGAGCUACCCUCUUACAGACGUGGUGCCAGUUGACAGCCCUAACAUAAUCGAGUCCAAUGAAAGUUGCAGCCCUAUUGACAUCCGUAAUUUACUGGAGAAACUGGGAGUUUUCAAAUGCUAGAAAAGGCUUUUACUCGCCUGUAUAUAUGAACUUCAACUAUUUGCCUCAGUUUUGUAUACCUUGGGAGCAAAUGUUGCCUUCAGUUCAGCAUGUUUCAAUCAGAUUGUUAAUUUCAUAACAAGCUGGUUAGAUGUCUGAAAAGAAGGAGAAUUUUUUUACAGGAGUAUUAGUCUUUCUUUCGGAAAUCCAUAUCUUGAUGGCUUUUAGGGGGUACCUUAGAGGAGCCAAUAUGCUCAUUGCUUUGCAGAUUCAAGGGAUCUUGGUGACACUCUACUCUCAAUGUAGAAGGAUAUUUAGGAAAGCUUCUUGUAUUAUUGUCCUUACUGAGGUAUAGAUGAUUUGUUGGUACAAGGUAGGUGUUUUUCCUUGUGGAGCAAUAGCUUUGUUGCGCUCAAUGUAACAAGGAUAUACUGGAAAGCUUAUAGAAUUUGUUGUUUCUUUGUGUUAUUCUA